AUGGCGUUCGUUCGGCUUCUUGGACUUCGUGGUGCCGGUCGGGCCUUGGAGUGGGAAGGCCGUAGCGCUCUGUGCCGACGUGCAGCCUCACAGGCCAAAAAAGUGAAGCCCAAAAGGCACCUAGAUGAGUUCCCCAGUGGCUAUCAACGGGAGAACCCCAUGUCGUUUGAUGAUUCGAAAGAGAUUCUGUUUGAAGACAUCUUUGAAGCUGGCAAUGGAUCCGAGAGCUUCAACUCGGAUCAGGAUAGUCAGGAGGAAUUCAAAACAGAGCCAGUGGAAAGCAAACCACCACCUUUGGAGGAUGCAGAGCUUCCUAAUGCCAAUUUUCUAACUUUGGCAAAGGACGAGUUUGUUUGGGCUGUUGGUCGUGCUGCGACUCUGAAAUUGUCACCUGAGUCCCGGGUAUGGAAAGAUCUGCCCCAUGCAGUCCAUGCCUUUGGUGGCCCUGGAGACUUCACACCUUCAGAGGUGUGCAGAUUGCUACAGGCGCUUGCUUAUGCUCCUGCAGAUGCUCCAAUCGACAAGAAACUCCUGCAGCGACUCUUCAAAGUAUUCGCGUUAAGAGCGAAGGAGUUCUCAGAUGAACGGCUCAUGCGAAUCAUGUAUGCCUACGGGAAGCUCUCGUCCAAAAGGGGCCUCUCGCUGCCACGCUUCAUGGACUUCGCAACCAGUGAAGUUGUAGAGAGGAAUGCUACACUGCGCUCCUGGCGAAAGGUGCGAAUUUUGGAAUCCGUGGGCUCCCUGCCAGAAGCUGGACGGGAGUUCAAGACCCUGUCACUUGGCCUGAGCAAAUGCUCCGAUAUCUGA